GAAAUUAAACUAAACUGAAGACAAAACAACUGGAUCCCAGCUCAGUUAUAGUGUAGGCUGUCACUCCAAAACUACAAAUCCCAGAAUGCACUUCACAAGUACAGGCGUGUCAUAUAAGCUCAGUUAUGCAAGCUCAGUGUGGCAGCAGGGACCUGCUUUCCAUAGGUUCUUAGCUAAGUUAACCAAGGUGGAGCAAAAGGCCCCGCCCCCAAAAACUCAGGCUCUGGGAUUGGAGUUUGAGCUCAGCCUCCGGAUGGGGCUGGAAUUUACCUUUGUACUCCAGGCUGGCCUGGGUUGGUGGUAGUGCCUGGCUGGGUGUGUCCAGAACUGGCUGCCAUCCUGACGUCCCUGAGCUGCUGGCAGAUGACUGUGCUUGUAACUCCUGCUGCCCGUGUGGACCCCUGUGCUAGUCACAGAGCUUUACUACCCAGCUACAAACAGGGUUCUGUGAGCAGCCACCAUGGCCUCUGGGCUGGCAGAAGAGUCUGAGCUGGCGGUGAACCCCUUUGAUGGGCUCCCCUUCUCUUCCUGCUACUAUGAGCUGCUUGAGCAGCGUAGAGCCCUGCCCAUCUGGGCUGCUCGCUUCCUGUUCUUGGAGCAUUUGGAGAGUAGCCCCACUGGAGUGGUGCUGGUAUCCGGGGACCCCGGCUCUGGCAAGAGCACCCAGAUUCCUCAAUGGUGUGCAGAGUUUGCGCUGGCCAGAGGAUUCCAGACAGGACAGGUUACAGUCACUCAGCCCUACCCUCUAGCAGCCAUGAGCCUGGCUUCAAGAGUGGCUGAUGAGAUGGACCUGACCUUGGGUCAUGAGGUUGGAUACAGCAUCCCUCAGGAAGACUGCACUGGGCCCAACACCAUGCUCAGGUUUUGCUGGGACAGGCUAUUUCUACAGGAAGUAGCCUCAACCCGGGGCCCUGGAGCCUGGAGUGUGCUGAUACUGGAUGAGGCUCAGGAGCGGUCAGUGGCCUCAGAUUUACUCCAGGGACUCCUGCGAGAUACCAGACUGAGAAACCUUCCGGGGGAUCCCAGAGUGGUUGUAGUUACUGACCCAGCGCUUGAGCCAAAAUUCCAGGCUUUCUGGGGCAAUUCUCCUAUUGUGCGUGUACCCAGGGAGCCUGGUGGGGAGCCCACCCUUGCCUACAAGGACACUGUUCCUACCGACCUGGUGGAAGCUGCCUGCCAAGCUGUGCUUGAGCUGUGUCAGCGGGAAGAGGCACCAGGAGAUGUGCUGGUCUAUCUGCCUAGUGAGGAGGAAAUUUCUCUGUGCUGUGAAUCCUUGUCCAGGGAGAUGGGGAUUUUGGCUGUCCCAGGGCCGCCCCCGAGGGUGCUGCCCCUUCACCCCGGCUGCAGUCAAGCCAUCCAGACUGUGUAUGAAGACACAGCUGUGAGUGUCCGGAAGAUCGUGGUCACUCAUUGGCUGGCAGAUUUCUCCUUCUCCCUUCCUUCCAUUCAACAUGUCAUUGACUCAGGACUGGAACUUUGCAAUGUUUACAAUCCUCAGAUCCGGGCAGAAUCCCAGGUGUUGAGACCAAUUAGCAAGUGUCAGGCAGAGGCAAGACUGCUGCGGGCAAGGGGGUUCCCACCAGGAUCCUGCCUCCGCCUGUACUCUAAGUCCACCCUAGAACUAGAGGCUCCCCCACUGCCCCACCCCAAAGUGUGUGAAGAGAAUCUGAGCUCCCUGGUGUUGCUACUAAAGAGGAAACAGAUUGCAGAACCAGGGGAAUGUCACUUCCUGGACCGGCCCGCGCCAGAAGCACUGAUGCAGGCCCUGGAAGACUUAGACUACCUGGCUGCUCUGGAUGAUGAUGGGGAGCUGUCUGACCUCGGAGUCAUCCUGUCCGAGUUCCCCCUGCCCCCGGAGCUGGCCAAAGCCCUGCUGGCCUCCUGCGAGUUUAACUGUGUGGACGAGAUGCUCACUCUGGCCGCCAUGCUCACUGCUGCUCCUGGGUUUACCCGUCCUCCGCUGUGUGCAGAAGAAGCUGCCUUGCGUCGCGCUCUGGAACACGCAGAUGGUGAUCACAGCUCUCUGAUCCAGGUCUAUGAAGCCUUUGUACAAAGUGGAGCCGAUGAAGCUUGGUGUCAGGCUCGGGGUCUGAACUGGGAGGCGUUAUGCCGAGCCUGUAAACUCCGAGCAGAGCUGGCGGAGCUCAUGCAGCGGAUCGAGCUCCCCCUGUCCCAGCCAGCCUUCGGCUCUGAGCAGAACCGCAGAGACCUUCAGAAAGCACUGCUGUCCGGAUACUUCCUCAAGGUGGCCCGAGACACAGACGGGACAGGAAAUUAUCUGCUUCUCACCCAUAAACACGUAGCCCAGCUGUCUCCAUACUGCAGCUACCGGAACCGCAGGACUCCAGCCCAGCCGCCCACGUGGGUGCUGUACCACAGCUUCUCCAUCUCUAAAGACAACUGCCUCUGCAUUGUCUCUGAGAUUCAGCCUGAGAUGCUGGUGGCACUCGCCCCUCCAUACUUCCUGAGUAACUUGCCCCCCAGUGAGAGCAGAGACCUCCUGAACCAGCUGAGAGAAGGAACCCCAGAGCCUUCUGCAGUGACUGAAACUUCCUCACCCCAGGAGUAUGGAGAUGGCUGUGUUCUGCAGUGAGCUGCCUACAGAACAGAGCCAGCCUCAUCAGAUAGCGCCAAGGCCGUCAGCCAGACUUGAGACCCCAAGUGUAGGGUCAGAUAUACUCCAAGAGCCAAGAGCCGUCGGGGUUGGGGAGGGGAAUAGAGAGCCACAGUUCACAACAAGGCAGACCUUCCCUCUCUGUCCAUGGGCAAGGAGCAAAUGCUGUGCACUCCACCCACGGGUUGCCUCACCCAACCUUGUCUCCUUGGGACCAUAAAAGACUUUUGGGGACUGGAGAGAUGGCUCAAGGGUUAAGAGCACUGUCUGCUCUUCCAAAGGUCAUGAGUUCAAUUCCCAGCAACCAACCACAUGGUGGCUCACAAACAUCUGUAAUUGCCCUCUUCUGGUGUGUCAGCUACAGUGUGCUCAUAUACAUAAAAUAAAUAAAUAAAUAAAUCUUUUAAAAUAUGA